UGGAUUUCGCAGAACCAGCAUGGGUUGUCGCUCGUCAAAGUCAAUCACUCUCAAAACUGUCGUCUCCGGUCCCGAGUCGGUGCCACCGGAUGAAGGUUUCGUUGAUGGGGUUGUGUGUAAUGAUGCGGACAUCGGCGAGGAUGAGAUGAAAGCUGUGGACCUGGAUGGGUCGAAGGUGUUGCUGGUUCGACAGCGGGGUAAACUGACGGCCAUAGGGAACAAGUGUUCGCACUACGGCGUAUCGUUGGCUAGCGGGGCACUUGGCGAUGGACGAGUUCGAUGUCCCUGGCACGGGGCCUGUUUCAACGUGGAAACCGGGGAUAUUGAAGACUUUCCGGGGUUGGAUUCGCUCCCUUGCUUCCAGGUUUCGGUGGUUAAGGGGAAGGUGCGUGUUCGAGCGAAGCGAUCCGAACUGACCACGGGCAAACGAACGAAGCCGAUGGUCGGUAGACUAGCUGGGGAUAAUCGGACGUUUGUGGUCAUUGGUGGUGGACCCUCGGGUGCGGCUUGCGUUGAAACGUUGAGGCAAGAAGGUUUUACCGGACGAAUUGUGAUGAUCAACAAGGAACCGUAUCUGCCUUAUGAUCGUAUAGCUGUGAGUAAGGCUAUGGACUUUGAGGUGGAUAAAAAGCUGCUGAGAAGGCAAGCGUUCUACGAUGAACACGCUAUAGAGACUGUAUUGGGGGUCGAGGCAAGUUCCAUGAACGUUGAAAUCAGAGAGAUUGGAUUGAGCAAUGGGAGUAGAAUCUCUUUCGAUAAGGUCUACAUUGCGACUGGAUCCAGAGCUAAGAAAGUUCCGAUUGAGGGAGCUGAUCUCGCAAAUGUUUGUGUGAUGCAAACCUAUCAAGACUCGAAACACGUAAGUGCACAGCUUGGGGAGAAUAAACAUGUGGUCAUCCUAGGCAGCAGCUUCAUCGCUUUGGAGGCUGCCUCCUACUGUGUGAACAAAGUUGCCAAAGUGACAGUAAUUGCUAGAGGUUCCAUUCCUCUGAAGGAUUCUUUUGGACCGCAGAUCGGUCAAAGAAUUUUGGAAUGGUUCAAAGAGAAGAAUGUAGCUUUUGUUUUGAACUCAGGCCUAAAACGCUGCAUAGAUGAUGGCAAUGGGAAACUCGAAUCGGUAGAACUUAUCGAUGGAUCUACUUUGAAGGCUGACUUGUGUAUUAUGGGUGUUGGAUCCGCACUCUACACCGACUUCCUCAAAGGCUCCGGAGUCAAAUUAGACUCAAACGGGGCUGUCUAUACCGAUUAUCACCAGGAAACCAACAUUCCCGGAGUCUACGCUGGAGGAGAUAUCGCACACUCACCCUUAUUUUGCGAUCAAAACAUAUCGGCCACCCUUGGACACUUUGGACUAGCUCAAUACCACGCCAAAAUUGCUGCUUUAAAUAUGGUUGAUAAACCGACAGUCGCCAGAUCGGUCCCUUUCUUUUGGACGACCCUUUUCGGCAAAAGCUUCCGAUACGCUGGUCAUCUCCCUAAGCUUCAAGACGUACUCAUCGAGGGUGAUCUGCAGGAGUUCCGCUUUGUAGCGUUCUAUUUCGAUGAGAAUGAUCACGUUAAAGGGAUGUCUUCCUGCGGAUGGGAUCCAGUUGUAGCUCAGUUUGCGGAGUUGCUAUCCCAAGGUCGGACGCUGCACCGAGAUCAAUUGAAGGAGGAUCGUUUCUCCUGGACCAAAACGAUUAGCUGUGCCGAUAGGUUGAUCAAUUAGAAAGCGCUUCUGUAGUGUAGCUUCAUAGACCUAAAUUUUAUUGUGAUAUUUAUACAUAG